CUCUGUGAUGGCGGCUCUAAGUAAACACAAUAGUUAAUGUUAACUGUGUAUCAUGGUUAUUAUCAUUAAUAACAUGGAGAUUUAAUUAUUUUAGUCUGUUCAAACUUUUUGGAUAUAAGAUUUUGCGAAUGUUAAUUUAUUAUUAUACAUUAUUAUUAUAAACUAAUGGAAGAUUGAAAGAGGUGAUAUUAAAAUAAAUUAAUUUAUUUAUUAGAAUCUUCUAUUCAAAUCUAAAAAAUGAUAGUUAGAAUACCGACUGAUCUAAUUUACAAUUCAUUUGUAAAUGAAUGUUAAGAUUUUUAAGCUUGAAGGAGAAAGUUCUGUAAAAGGUUUUUACAAGAUAUGUAAAGUGGAUAACAUUUAGAAUAUAAUAAAUAUGAAGACUGCAUUAAUGGUUGCAGAGAAGCCAUCUUUGGCAGCUUCUCUUGCUAAUAUUCUUAGUAAUGGUCGGUGUGCAUCAACAAAAGCUCUCAAUGGAUCAUGUUCAAUACAUGAAUGGAUAGGACAAUUCCGAUCAGAAACAGUGAACUUCAAAAUGACAUCUGUUUGUGGUCAUGUUAUGACUUUAGACUUUAUUGGCAAAUAUAAUAAUUGGGAUAAAGUUGAUCCUGUAGAAUUAUUCUCAUGCCCUACAGAAAAGAAGGAAGCAGCACCAAAACUAAAAAUUCCAUAUUUUCUCGCAAAAGAAGGUGCACAUUGUGAUUAUUUAAUAUUAUGGUUAGAUUGUGAUAAGGAAGGUGAAAAUAUUUGUUUUGAAGUAAUCCAUGCUGUUCAACAAGGAUCAUCUAGAAAAUUAACUCCAAAUGAUAUUUGGCGUGCUAGAUUUUCUGCGAUUACUGAGAAAGAUAUAAAAAAUGCUUUUGUUAAUCUUAUUAAACCUAAUGAGAAUGAAGCCAAAAGCGUAGAUGCACGUCAAGAGCUUGAUUUGCGGAUUGGUUGUGCAUUUACCAGAUUUCAAACAAAAUUCUUUCAAGGAAAAUAUGGUGACUUAGAUGUGUCACUUAUUUCUUAUGGUCCAUGCCAAACACCAACUUUGGGAUUUUGUGUACAAAGGCAUGAUGAAAUUCAGACUUUCAAGCCUGAUCCGUAUUGGGUCCUCCAGGUUACAAUCAAAUCACCAGAUGGACAAGAUAUUACAUUGACUUGGAGUCGUAUAAGAUCUUUUGAUAAAGAAGUGGCAAAUAUGUUUUUAAAUCAUGUUAAAGAGUAUACGCAUGCAACUGUAGUAAGUGUGCAAAGUACAGAAAAAACAAAACCACGUCCUAUAGCUUUAAAUACGAUAGAAUUGAUGAGAGUAGCCAGCUCUGGUUUGGGAAUGGGACCUCAUCAUGCUAUGCAGAUAGCAGAACGUUUAUAUACCCAAGGAUACAUUAGUUAUCCCAGAACAGAAACAACAUCAUAUCCUGAUAAUUUCGAUUUAAUGACAGUAUUAAAGCAACAACAAAAUAAUCCAGAAUGGGGGGAACAAGUACAAAAAAUAUUAGAAAGAGGAAUUAAUACUCCAAGAAAAGGUACAGAUGUUGGAGAUCAUCCACCUAUUACUCCUAUGAAACAUGCUACUAGAAAUGAAUUAGAUGGUGAUGCGUGGAGAUUAUAUGAUUAUAUUACGCGACAUUUUAUUGCAACUGUGGCACGAGAUUGUAAAUAUUUGAGCACGGUAAUCAAAUUCGAAAUAGGGAUGGAAUUAUUUACUGCAACCGGGCGUACAUUACUAGAUCCUGGAUAUACUAGUAUUCUUACUUGGCAAUCACUUGGAACCAAUGAUACGCUUCCAAAGAUUUCAUUUGGAGAGAAAGUUGAUAUUCAAGAGGCCAAAUUAGUUGAAUGUUACACUCAACCUCCGGAUUAUUUAACAGAAGCAGAAUUAAUAUCACUUAUGGAAAAGCAUGGUAUUGGAACAGAUGCUUCUAUUCCAGUACACAUAAACAAUAUUUGUAUGCGAAAUUAUGUUACCAUUGCAGCAGGAAGAAAACUAGUACCUACUUCGUUAGGUAUAGUUUUAGUUCAUGGGUAUCAAAAGAUAGAUCCAGAAUUAGUUUUACCAACUAUGAGAUCGGCAGUAGAAGAACAACUGAAUUUAAUAGCACAGGGUCGUGCAGAUUUUCAUGCUGUUUUACAACAUACAGUGGAAAUUUUUAGACAAAAGUUUCAUUAUUUUGUAGAAAGUAUAGAAGCCAUGGAUCAGUUGUUUGAAGUAUCCUUUUCUCCACUUUCAGCUUCUGGUAAAGCACAUUCAAGGUGUGGUAAAUGUCGACGUUAUAUGAAGUAUAUACAAACCAAACCUUCAAGAAUGCAUUGCGCACACUGUAAUGAAACGUAUAAUCUACCUCAAAAUGGAAAUAUUCGUAUUUAUAAAGAAUUAAAGUGUCCACUAGAUGACUUUGAAUUAUUAUCUUGGUCAACUGGAGCAAGAGGCAAGAGUUAUACAUUUUGUCCAUAUUGCUAUAAUAAUCCACCUUUUAGAGAUAUGAAGAAAGGAAUGAGUGGUUGUAAUUUAUGUACACAUCCAACAUGUCCCCAUGGUUUAAAUUCUAAUGGAGUAUCCAGUUGUUUAGAAUGUGAUACAGGAAUUCUUGUUUUGGAUCCUUCAGCAGCACCUAAAUGGAAAGUUGGGUGCAAUCGUUGUGAUGUUAUUAUUCAUUUGUUUGAAAAUGCUCACAAAAUAACAGUAGAUUCUGAUGUAUGUGAUUGUGGGGCACAGUUGAUAAAUGUUGAAUAUAAACAGGAUAAAAGUAAAUUACCUGAUGAAGCAACUGAAACAUCUGGGUGUAUUUUCUGUACCCCGGCAUUUAGAGCGCUUGUUGAAAAACAUAGAGCAGUAGCAUCAAAACCAGUUGCAACUCGUGGACGUGGACAUGCCAAAGGCCGUAGUCGUGGCAAACCACGUCCUCCAAAGGAUAAAAUGGCUCAACUUGCAGCGUAUUUUGUUUAAUAAAGUUCGAAAAUAAUGUCAAUGUAUGUACACACAUUAUGGACUCCUUCCAUAUUGAAUGAAUACAUGUAAAUGAAUACAUGCCAAAAUUCUGUAUAUGUAUUGCAGAAUAAGUGAUUAAGUUUUCAAGUAA